AAGAAGCUGAGAGAGAGAAAGACGAGGAAAAGUGUGUGAGAGAGGUUUAUCAUCUCGAGUGAUCUGUGGCGUUCUUUUAGGAUAUUUGGAGACCUGUGGAGUUCUUUUAGGAAAUUUGUUGGAAGACCUGUGGAGUUCUUUUUAGGACAUUUGUUUGAAGACCUUUGUAAUUCUUUUAGGAAAUUUGUUUGACGAUCCGUGGAGUUCUUUUGGGAAAUUUGUGUAAAGAUCCGUGGAGUUCUUUUAGGGAAUUUAGUCUUAUAUUUCCACUAGUCAAAUAUCAUGAAAGACAUACGUAUACGUGUCUAUGGACAUAUCAAAUAAAAGAGAGUAAGAAUACUUUUCUACUAGGUAUCGAACCUGGAAAAUAGAUUCAACGUCGAUUCGGGAAUAACCAGUUAAGACAUUAUAAAUUACAGAUGCCCAGAUUAGAAUCUCGCUAAAGGACAAUUAAUUUUUAACUAGUUAAAAGACCGUUACUUUUUAACCAACAUCAUAUUCCUGAACUUGAAGAAAUCUUAGGAGAGAUUAUACGAACUGGAUUCUUUUUGAAAUCGCUGGAAGUGUCUCAUCUUUCGAGAGAGGGUUUUCCAAACACAAAAGUGCAAAAGAAGAAGAAACGAUUCCUUGAAAAGAAAAGAAAAGAAAAUAUGAUUCUCUUUGCAAUCGUGGCAUCGUUUUUGACGCUGAGCUUAAGAGGAGUCAGUGGUCAGAGCAGCGCGUCAGAUGGAUUGCAUUCGAUGCUCAAUCAGCUGGCCCAAAGUACCGGGAGUGACGUGCAGAGCCUGUCCUACUGCAGGAUUUCGACCAGGGACCUCAUCUCCACCGCCCAGAGCACUGCGAACAGAGUCCUUCAGGGAGUCUGCAACCCACGUGACCUAAACGACCGUUUCGUCACCCUGGAGAAGCAAGUAGCGGAUCAGUUUAAUGUCCUGAAGACGAUGGUUCUCAACAUCGAAGAUCAGCUUAGGACUCAGGACAAGCAGAGCAAAAAGCAUCAUGGGAAACUCAGACAGGAAUUGCGCUCCUUAGGGGUGGGUAGUACCGCCAGUGCACCUCAUAUACGACAGGCAUCCAGGGCAGAUGGUUUGACAAGUGAUUCCAGCGACUAUGCCCCGGAGGAAGCUGAAGAGGACGAUUAUCGUACAGACUACGGGAUGCCUGGAGAGGAGGAGAGCCCCCGGCUGUCGGAGAUCUACAGGUACAACUCGACGAUUCACCAGGAGGACGGACAUCGCGUCUUCACCUACUACUGGAGGGUGAGCGACAUCAACUAUAAGAUGACCAACUGGGGAUGGCGUCGUUCCCUUCGCUCCGAGAGCUUCUACAUCUUCCAGAACGGCUACAGGAUGUACAUGAGGAUCUUCCCCAAUCAGGGAGGAGGAAAUGUCUACAUCCACGUCGGGUCUGGACGACCGGUAGGCGAAUACGACUCCGACCUCGAGUGGCCCUUCAAGCUGAAACACAGGAUCAAGGUCAUCGACCACGGUUACCCGACGGAGGACCUCACCAGCCGCGUCUGGGACCCGACGCAGCUGUGCUCCGGAUGGAACUGGCGCCGCCCGGAGACUGGGGACAACUACGAAUGCGUCGGCCUCGGCUUCGAGCAGAAGAACCUGAGGUCGAGGAACUACAUCCACGACGACAGCAUCGUCGUCAAGCUGACUGUGUUCCUCGCUGCUUAGGAGGAGGAGGAGAAGGAGGAGGAGGAGCAGGGAGCGGUUAAUCCAAUGCAGCAGUAAUUUUAAUAAUAAUAAUAAUAAGAGACGCUUGCUGUUUGUAAUAUAUAUAUAUAUAUAUAUAUAUAUAUAUAUAUAUAUUAUAUUAUAUAUAUAUAUAUAUA